CCUAUAAAUAGCGGCGGCCGGCGCAGCGUUUGGUAAAUAAGUUCCUCUCGCCCUUUCCUGUUCUCCUGCGAUCCUCGACCCUUUCGCUGUCAAUCUCCCGAAGCCAAGGGAAACAGAGGCAAGGCCGCGUAGAGGAGGAGGACUAGAGGAAGGGAAAGUCGGUUCGGAUCUCCGAUGGCGUCGCAGAGAGAGCGCGAGAACUACGUCUACGUCGCCAAGCUCGCCGAGCAGGCCGAGCGAUACGACGAGAUGGUGGAAUCGAUGAAGAAGGUGGCGAAGCUCGACGUGGAUAUGACCGUGGAGGAGAGGAACCUGCUCUCCGUGGGGUACAAGAACGUGAUCGGGGCGAGGAGGGCGUCGUGGAGGAUCCUCUCCUCCAUCGAGCAGAAGGAGGAGGCCAAGGGCAACGAGCAGCACGUGAAGAGGAUCCGGGAAUACCGCGAGAAGGUGGAGUCGGAGCUCUCCAGCAUCUGCAUGGACGUCAUGACCGUGAUCGACGAGCAUCUCAUCCCUUCGUCCUCUGCCGGGGAGUCCUCCGUGUUCUACUACAAGAUGAAGGGAGACUAUUAUCGUUACCUGGCUGAGUUCAAGGCUGGCAAUGAAAAGAGAGAAGCUGCAGAGCAGUCCCACAAGGCCUAUGAGACGGCAACCCGUACAGCUGAGGUAGAUCUGUCUCCCACUCAUCCAAUUCGACUGGGUCUGGCAUUGAAUUUCUCUGUCUUUUAUUAUGAGAUAAUGAAUUCACCUGAAAGAGCCUGCCACCUUGCCAAGCAAGCUUUUGAUGAGGCCAUCGCUGAGCUUGAUUCACUAAGUGAGGAGUCUUAUAAAGACAGCACAUUGAUUAUGCAACUUUUGAGGGAUAAUCUCACCUUGUGGACUGCUGACAUUCCAGAUGAUGGAGAAGAUGCGAAGGAGGGUACUGGGAAGGCUAGUGGAGCUGAGGACGCAGAGUGACUCCGACAGCUCUGGAACCUUGCCCAGACAUAAGGGUGACGAUAUGCUGCAAUUAGUGUCCACGGUUUACCUAGUGGCUGAGAAAUUCUAAGUUUCUAGCUUUUCAUUCUUAUUUCUUUAGUUGAUUUUAGUGUGACUGUUGCUGCACUGAGAUCCGUUUUGUGAUUUGUUUGGAAAUCAUCAGUUGCAUCUUUAUCCCAGCUCGUUAGUGUCACUGUCUGAAAUAGUGAUUAGAAUCAUGGUCUGGCUGCUUUAAAAUGAUGAGUCAAGGUUCAGGUCUUCUAGUUUAUACGAGCUUUAUCCUUUGCUAUUUUUAGAUUAGGCAGUAUUGUUGUCGUGGGCAUGCAAACUUGGUGGAAAAAUUUAGGGCUGUCAUGAGUUUGAGGUUUGAGUAAUUAGUACGAUAAAUUCGUACAGGGUUCACUGAUAUGGUUCUUGGUUAGAACAUGGAGAGUGAGCAAUUUAGUCGUCAAAAUGGACGUA